CGCCGUGGCGUGCAGCUGAUGUACGUGGCGUUCCCGGGAGACAUGCUUCUGCGCAUGCUCCAGCUGUGCGUGAUGCCGCUCAUCACGGCCUCGAUCGUGGCCGCCAUCGGCGGCGUGGACCUCCGCCUGGCCGGUCGACUGGGAAGGCGGGCCUUCAUCUACUACAUGGCGACCACGGUGAUCGCCGAGAUCGAGGGCUUGGCACUCGUCUUCCUCAUCCGGCCGGGAGCACACUCCAACGUGGACGUGGACUCCAAGGCGCCGCCCAAGAGGGUCUUCUACCUGGCCGAUGCCAUCAUGGACAUUAUCAGGAACAUGAUUCCACCAAACAUCAUAGAAGCGGCCCUUUAUUCCGGGGGCGAGAGCGUUGAUCUGAGCGGCAGAUGUGCCGCAGACAGCACCGAGGAGGAGCUCGAGCCGCAGUUCGUGGUGGAGCGCGCCCAGGGCACCAACGUGCUCGGCCUGCUGGUGUUCGCCGUCUUCGUGGGUGCCAUCAUUGCAUCCACCGGCGAGCGAAACCGGGCCAUGCACGACCUGGUCGUCAGCAUCACCGACAUCAUGAUGAGCCUCAUACGAAUCAUCAUGUGGUACUGCCCGGCAGGCGUAGGAUUCCUGAUUGCGCACCGCAUUCUGGCCACGGGCGAUCUGGCCAGCGUGCUGUCACAGCUGGGCCUGUACGUGGUCACCGUGCUCACGGGGCUCGCCUGCCACCUGUUCGUCGUACUGGCCGGCUUGUACCUGCUGUUCGUGCGUUCAGGCCUCGGCUCCUUUGCCAUGGCCAUGAUCACGCCCGCCCUAAUGGCCAUCAGCACUUCCUCCAGUUCGGCGACGGUCCCGGUGACUAUAGCGACGCUGGAGGACCGCGUUGGACUGGACCCGCGGGUGGUGCGCUUCAUGGUGCCCGUCGGCGCCACGAUCAACAUGGACGGCGCGGCGCUCUACGAGGCCGUGUCCGCCGUCUUCCUGGCACAGCUGCACGGCAUCGAAAUGGACAUCGGCCGAGUACUGGCUGUCAGCGUGACUGCCACGGUAGCCAGCGUGGGUGCAGCGGGUAUCCCAGGAGGGGGCCUGGUCACCAUGGUGAUUGUCCUGCAGGCCGUCGGGCUGCCAGCCGAGGACAUCGGACUCAUCGCCACGGUCGACUGGUUUCUGUGCGUGCGACCAUCUUCCUUCGUCUCGCUCUGCUCCUUGUGUAGGCGACAAGUGUCGCUGUAA